CAAGAAGUGCUUCUCGAGAAGACCAUAAUUACUUUACGUCAGUUGAGAGAUCAGAUUACAUGGUCAAAUGUAGUGAAGUUUGCAUCCUUUCUCCUUGGAACCAACUACCGCUGUACACUAUUACUUGACAGAAUAGCUGCGGUUACCACUGAACAUAUCGAUCAGAUCUAUUAUUCAGAAGUACAUGUUAUUCUUGCUCUAUUUUCUUUAUUUAAUUAUGAACCCCCUGAAGCUGAGAAAUUUUUUGAGGCUUGCAUUAAUCAUAUCAGUCUUCACUUGGAACAUUUUGAACCUUCUCUUCUUGUAUUGCUUGGUUUCGCUUUGGCUUCUGCUGGGUAUUUUCCACAGAAAGUGAUAAAGGCUAUAUUUAAUAUUGAAUUUCUCUCCAAAUUGGAUGCUGAGCUUCAAAUUCUACCAUGGAAAACAGCAAGUAAGUCCACCUUCCAGCUGAUGGAGCUGAAUCGAGCUGUCUGUUUGGAGUGCCCCGAGCUUCAGAUUCCAUGGUUUCAUAAACGCUUCUGUGAACAGCUGAAGAAAAAAAAAACUGAUUUGUCCAGUCUGUUGCAACAGCAGAUAUAUAUACUACUUGGAGAAAUCCUAGGAAGAAGCCAUUAUGCCAGAUGUUCUGUACUCACUUCUUACUACUAUAGAAUUGAUUUUGAAUUUAUCGUUGAUAAAAACAGGAGACCUGCUCCAUAUAUAGACCAACACGUUGCCAUGCUUAAUUCAGACAACACAGGUGGUGCUGAAGCUGGUCACUCCUAUGGAAAAAAAGGGCUACCACCAGGAUUGCAAAGAAUUGCUAUGGAAUUCCUUGAUUCAGAAGCUUUCUGCAAAAAUUCAAAUCACGUCAAAGGAUAUGUUGCCAUGAAAAAGCGGCAUUUAGAGAUUCUUGGUUAUCAAGUUGUUCAGAUCCCUCACUAUGAAUGGAAUUCCAUGGAAUUGUCAUCCACGGAAGCAAAGACUGAAUAUUUAGAAAAGAAAAUAUUUGAAAAGCUUUGAUAUCCUAGUGUGGAGGAAAAAAAAAUAACAAUUUUUUAUAUGGACUGUAACAUUGAAAAUUAAUUAUCUUCAGCCUUCAAUAAACU